AAUGAAGUUGUGCAGUACAUUUUCGGUUUGGAUUCUCGUCCUGCUAUGCCACCGCAUAUCAUCUGGCAGUAGUGGAGUUGUGGAAGCAUGCACAUUUUACGUGAGCAACAAGUGCCCAUUUCCCAUAUGGCCUGCCACUGCCCCGAACCAAGGCUUUCCAGUCGUAGCAAACGGUGGCUUCUAUCUUCCAUCCGGGAGACUCCGGAAAUUCCAGGCACCUGGAGAUUGGAGUGGCCGCAUCUGGGCCAGAACAGGCUGCAAUUUCGACUACUCCAACGACGGACGAGCCUGCGAAACAGGCGACUGCAACGGCCGACUCGAAUGCGCCGGGGCGAUCGGCGUUCCUCCUGUGACGCUAGUAGAGUUUACGUUGCAGGUUGACAAGAGGCAGCCGAGUUUCUACGACGUAAGUACAGUGGAUGGCUACAACCUCCCUGUUUCAGUGACCCCAUAUCCUACAGCACCAAAAUGCUACAUCGGAGGGUGCUUCUCAGAUAUAAAAAAGGAGUGCCCUCGGGAGCUGGCGGUCCUGAAUGAGCUCGGACAAGUUGUGGCUUGCAAGAGUGCAUGCUUGGCCUUCAAUGAGGAUCGUUUCUGCUGCAGAAAGAAAUAUGGGAGUCCAGCAACGUGCAAGCCCGACGUCUACUCCAGAUUCUUCAAGGCUGAGUGUCCCUAUUAUUUUAGUAAACCCUUUGAUACGCCUUCUCCCUUGGUUAAUUGCCCUGCAGAUCAGUAUAUCAUCACCUUCUGCCCGGAUGGAUGGGGUGCUCCUGCAACUUCCCUAAUAAUGUCUACAUAGGGAAAGAAACCCCUUUUUAAUCCUCAGCACUUCCCCUUAAUUGCUUCAAACUCCAUCCGAGUCGCAAAUUUAACUACUACUGUUUACGAACCUCCUACUCCUAAUUUUUAUUUUGAUAGAACUUGUCCCUUUUUAUGUAUCCUCCUCAUUUCCAGUUCACACAUGAUGACUGAAGCUACGUUAAUUA